CGGAAGCGCAUGUUAUUACUUACUGGAGGAGAGAAGUAUUGAACUAAAAGAUCAUCAUGGCGCUCACGAAUGAUACUGUGCUCGAUAUUGAUAAGGACAGAGAUGACGGGGAAGAAUUGAAAUUUCAAGAUUUCGGUGAUAGUAACAUUGAAGCAGAUGCAGAUGGACAGACGCACACUUUUAAUAAUUAUCCAAGCGACAACGAAGAUGAAGAGGACAACACUGAGUUAUUGACAGGUCGUAAAAAGUCCCAUUCAUUUUGGACGUUUGAAUACUAUCAGAGUUUCUUUGAUGUAGAAACUUAUCAGGUUUUAAGAAGGCUUCUUGCAUCAUUCGUCCCCAAACCUGGCAAAAGUACUAUCAGUGAUAUUAGACCUAAUCCUGAUUUGUAUGUAUCAAUAGCAGCUACUGCAGUCUUUUGUUAUUGGUGGUUGAUAGCUUCUAUAUUAUGGGGUAUGUUGUCAUGGCGACGAAGUCAAGCUGGUUAUACAUAUUUAGAGAUUAUCUGUGUUUAUGGCUAUUCCCUCGCUAUUUAUAUUCCUGUAUCAUUUCUUUAUGUGAUACCAGUAGCCUGGGUGCAGUGGGUUUUGAUGUGUUUGGCGUUAUUACUGUCUGGGGCUGUCUUAUUGCUCACAUUCUGGCCGGCAGUCAAGGAUGAUGACAAGAAGUUUGCUAUUGGUAUCUUAGCCGGUAUUUUCAUCUUUCAUGCUCUCUUAGCUGUUGGAUUUAAGUUUUACUUUUUCAAAGCACCAGAGUUUCAACACCCAUCCAUUCCAGCGACUCACCCUGCAGUAAUACCAUCACAUUCAAAGCAGCUACAAGGACAAGCACAUGCAACAGAGCCAAAUUUCGCACCACCAGGGAUGCCGAUUGACCAGCACAAUGACCAAACACCAGUCAAAAUACCAUCCAAUAUCGGACCUGGGCUUCCUGACAGCGCUAAACUUGUACAACCUGUGAAACCUGUCAAUGUGCAGCCUAACAAUGUGCAACAAUCUGCUAACUUGCCACCAGUGCAACCUGUUGGUAUGCAGCCUGCAAAAACGGUUGUUGCAAAACCUGUUCAACAUAUACAAGAAAACAUCCAACUUAAUGAUUCCCAGCAGCUAGCGGAGGGAAUAUGAGGUCUCUGGUCAGCUGUAUCAUCUAACAUAACAUCUGCAUGCAUAACACUUGUUUGGUUUCAAAUACUGUAGAUUGGGGUUUUUACCAAAAAAAACAGUGUUUGAAAUUACUUUACAUCUAAGACAGGUAAAUUUUUGAAGUCAGGCUGGUCAUUUUCAGUUAUGUGUGUCAACAAAAUGUUCCAUUUUGUGGUGCUUACUUGCAAUGGGAACACAGGUAAUUCAAAAUGCUAUUUAAUGCAGGGAUUGGAAUGUUCUGGCAGAGCUGGCAAAGUUACCUUUUGAGAAAUUUAAAACACUGAUUUAAACUCACGAUAUUUGAGAAAAUAUACCCAAAUUGAGUGUUAAAAAGGAGUCAAGCUAUCAUAUAUUCAUGCAUGAUAUUAAUGGUAUAACAAACACAGGGUUGUUCGAUGAAAAUAUUUUUUGUACAUAGCAUGAUUUUAUUUGAGACUUAUUUCUAGUGAAAAAAAUGGGAAAAAAGCAUGAUGUAAAUGCAAGGGGGCUUUACCUGAAUUUUCAUACCUGAAUUCCCAGCAUACAGUAUUUAAACUGGCCAAUGAAUGGUAACUACAGGUAGUUUGAAUAUAUUUGCAUAGCUAAUAGGGUAAAACCAGCAAUUUGUCUUGUGUGGGUUAUAAGGCAGUCAAACAACCCCUGAAAGUGAAUAGAUUCAAGGCUAAUGUAGUAAGCUCAAUAUUCAUAGUUAGGUAAGGUAAAUCAUGAGAAGUACAGAGGGAAUGUGAGAUAUUUAAGGUUAUGUUGGUUUGAGGAAUGAGGGUAAAUGUAUUUUUCUAAUUUAUACAAAAAAUUGCUAUUUAUUACAUGUGAUUCUACUUACGCCAUACAGGUGUACUGAUUAUUAAGGUACACACUUAGUGAUCACCAAAUUCAACACAAAGGCAACUCUCAUAGUAUUUAUUUAAUAAUAAUUUAAUUGUUAAUUUGAAAUGAAAUUUGAAUCAAUCACCUAAGGUAUUAUUUUUUUUCAAAUCUGUAUCUCUGUGUUCAGGCUGAACAUCAGAAUUCAAACUUUGCCCUCACCGAGAUGAGAUCCAGGGACUAAAAUAGCAUGAUUAAGCUGAAUUGAGAAGCUGAAACAAAUGCCAAAUUUCAGACGUGCUGAAAAUAUUACAAAAUUUGAAUAUUUAUUACUCACAAAUCAUCAAAUAUGUCACAUAAUAUUCCCAAGACUAGGGGUAUUAAAGCGUUGUACAAUAACAGAAUUAAUUGAAACAUUCUGACCUGGAUUGUGCACCAAUAGAUCAUCUUUGGCAAGUCACAGAAUAUUUUGUCCCAUUAUCAUAUAUUUAAAGUUAAGUACAGGUUUAUUUAUUCCCAAGGUAGAUACAGAGAUAAGACUAUGCAACUUUUAUAACAAUGUAUGGUGAUUUUAUGAUGAAGAUCCUGCUCCACAUGAGUGUCAACUGCUGACAAGAGCAUUACAGAAUGUCUUGGAUGGUUUGAUUGCAGAAACAGAAAUGAGUUUAAUGAGAUUUAGGAUUUUUUCUCCCAUAAUGCAAUACAUAUUUGUACAGUAACCUGCUCAUUUGUGCAAAAUUUGAAUUCAGCUUAAAUUACUAUGAAGCAGAUAAAAUGGCAAUGACAGGUGCACAAAAAAACAAGUAGAUUCGACACAUAACCAAUUUUGUGAACAAGUGAGGGGUCUUCAUUGCAUAUCACCACAGUUGCAUACUCUUAUCUACCCUUGUUUUGUAAUUU